AUGGUUCUCAGACAUUUAUCUGACGUUGAUAGCAGCAUGCUGACUCACGACCAUAAACAUGACUUUUAUGGGCAGGUUCAGACCAUUGAUCCAAGAACCCAUAAUCCAUGUAUGGGCUCUGCAAACUUUCCGUCCAGCGGUCUAUUUGCUCCAGCGGAGCAAGAAAUCUAUCCUCCCCAAUACACGCAUCAAUCUCGUGGUGAGCUCACAUCCACAAUCGGCGACCAUGUCCACAAUGUCUCUGAAACGUCAGCUACGGCGAAACCUAUGCUUGGAGUGCCUCAAAUUACCACGCCAAAGCUUGGUACAGACUCGCUGUCUCAAGGUACAGCCUAUUCUCCGACUGCGUACUCCUUUGGAUCCGUAUCCACGUCUCAAAGCUUUCAUUCGGAUCCUCAAACACCGAUCACACCUCCUGACAGCGAUACCGCCCCGUCUACCUGCCCUUCGAGCCAACAAUCGUUGAAUGAUAGCGAUUAUGAGCUCGCAGAAGCAAUUGAAUCUAUCCACAGCACCUCUCCUUCAUAUAGACAGAUGGCCAAGGAACAUCUUCAAAACGCCUUUGUGCCAGACUUCCGGACCUAUGAGCACUAUCAUGGUAACAUGAUCUCAGGCAUAGAGCGUUCAGAUCAUCUCCACAUGGCCCUCUCCUUUGACAGAUCUUACGACGGUUGUAGCCAACUUCGAAAAGCGGUCAAUACUGAGAAUAACAGGUUGUCACCAAUUGCACUACCUUCAUCAUGCGAAACCUCGCCUUUAAGUCUGUAUAAAAAUUCUCUCGACGAUCUGGGGUUCCAGUCAGUAAACCAGCUACUUCCACAGCAAACCCUUGCGUACCCCUCACCAUCGGACAGCAUAGCUCCUGCAUUUUUAUCGCAGGAUAGCACUUACAACAAGUCGAGAGAAUCUUCAUCUAUCGACGACAUUGAUAAUAGCUAUGUGCAGAACUCGUUUGGAGAUGUGCGCAAUGAAGCGAGUUCGGAAAUCGCUACGCAAAAGCUUGACUCUCUCGCUUGGGAUUCCUCAGCAAAUAAAAGAAGAUUAAAAGCGAGGUACAUAAAGCGGCGGAAGGGUUUUGAGCCGAACAGAUGUCAAGGGGUCAUUGAAGGUAAUAUCGAGAGCUCAGAAAUACGCAUACCCUUCAUUGGAAAAGAAUCCACUAAAAGAUCCGAGAGAACAUACGUUUGCACUUUUCCUGGGUGUCAUGACAGGUUCGAUCGAGUUGAGCACUUAAAACGCCAUAGAACUGUCCAUGAAGAUGAGGAGGACAAGAUAAAGUAUUCCUGCUGGGUUUCCCAUUGCCCAAAAGAAAUCAAGGGCGGCCGACUAGACAACCUGAAAGCGCAUGUGAACAAAACCCAUUGUACACCCUCAAUCAAAGAACCCUCUCCUGAAAAAACGCCAGGCAAGAAAUCCAAUAUAAACGAAAGGCUUUCCAUGUUGGCGAUGCUAGAACGCUACGAUUCAGAUAUUCUAAAUCAGAAUUAUAACAAAAGUUUGCCCACCCGCCCUUAUAGUCGUGACGAGGAAGGAAAGCAAAUAAGGAGUCUCGUUACCGGAUGGGUACUGCUCUUGAACACCAACCCUAAGAAGCCGAGCCUUACCAUCCAUCAUGAGUCGGAAAAGAGGACCGGCAAGCGAAGCCAAUUAUGGACUACCACAGGAUGGAACAUUCAGGAAGCGCAUUGCAUCAAGAUUCGAGACCUUGCGCCCGAAUAUGAUGGCCCAGCAGAAAAUGUGUACAUGUCAAGCAUUGAUCCUCGAAUGAAGGCGCUGUAUGCGACGGAUGAGAAAGACCAGCUAACGGUGGCCGACUGCAAACACCUUGGCGUCUCGAUGAAGACGACACGAGAUGAGAUGGGCCUUCAGCAAUUUGACCCGAGGUGGCGUAGGAUAUGGGAACUCAGCCCUGAAGAUGCGCUAAAGGAAGAUGUUGAAGAUGAGUGGAUAAGAGGCGGCGGCGGGUCGCAAGGUUGUCGUGAAAAGGGCAAGCAGAAGCAAGACUCAUUGCUGCGUAAACCGGUUGCGGCGAGAAGUCGAGGCCUUGCCAACAGGUGUGAAAAUGACUGCAUGAACGGGCUGCCUGAGCAUGCCUCUACACAUGACUACUCAUCCGCAAUGCCUUCGCGCUCGAGCCGAAUAGCUACAUAUGUUUGA